ACUUUAGAAGCGAGGGUCCGAGGGCAGGCCGAUAUGACCUUGAAAAACCUCUGCGCUUCUCCUCUCCCUCUACUCCUUCCGACCUGAGUUCUCUCCCGGGCAUUAUUCCCCUUCCGCUCCCUCCCGUCCGUUCGCGACUUUGAUGGAAGCUGCGCUGCGUCGGCAGCGGCAGCGGCGGCGAUUCCUUUAAUGCGUGCAUCCCGCUGGGUGGCGCUCCGCCUACGCGACUCCCUCCUCCACCCUCCCCGACAAUCGCUCUGUUCGCCCCGCGCCGCCUCCGCCUCCGAAUCCGAAUCCAUCCUUGCGCCCUUCGCCUCCUCUUUUCCCGUUCUUCAUCCACCCUCACGACGAGAGGACGAAGCUCCGCCUUGUGGGCUUCUUCUCCUCUUCCCCUCCGCCGCCGGCGCUCGCUUCUUUACGGCUCUCGGUUCAUUCCCUGUUUCCUCGAAAGGUUUUUCUAGGGAUUUCUCCUCAUCAACGAGGCCUUCUGGGAUCAGCUCCUCUGCUGCUCUCCUUUCCUUCGGGCGCAGUUGGAUUAUUCUCGUAGAGUUGCAAAGGUUAAAAGGACCGAAUUUGAUGACACCAGCCAUCGAGCAGUUACAACUGCAUUAUGGUGCAACUUUCUUGUCUUCUCUCUGAAGUUUGGAGUGUGGCUUGCAACUUCCAGCCAUGUUAUGUUAGCCGAGUUGGUGCACUCAGUUGCGGAUUUUGCAAACCAGGUCCUUCUUGCGUAUGGUUUGAAUAGCUCGAGGCGUGGUCCAGAUGCUCUGCACCCUUAUGGUUAUUCAAAGGAAAGAUUUGUCUGGUCAUUGAUAUCUGCUGUCGGCAUCUUUUGCCUGGGCUCUGGGGCAACAAUUGUGCAUGGAUUUCAGAAUUUGUGUAGCUCUCAUCCUCCUGAAAAUAUUCAUUAUGCUGCUUUUGUGAUUGGUGGAUCAUUCCUGAUUGAAGGUGCUUCUCUACUUGUUGCCAUUAAUGCUGUCAAGAAAGGUGCGGCUGCAGAGGGAAUGAAAAUGUGGGACUAUGUUUGGCGUGGUCAUGAUCCAACAUCAGUUGCUGUUAUGACAGAGGAUGGUGCUGCAGUAACAGGUCUGGCUAUUGCUGCAGCUUCAUUGGUGGCUGUUAAUACAACAGGAAAUGCAAUUUAUGACCCAAUUGGUUCCAUGAUAGUCGGUAGUUUACUUGGAAUGGUUGCAAUAUUUCUCAUUCAGAGGAAUAGGCAUGCUUUAAUUGGUAGGGCAAUUGAUGAUCAUGACAUGGAAAGAGUACUUCAGUUUUUGAAAUCUGAUCCGGUUGUAGAUGCUUUGUAUGAUUGCAAAAGUGAGGUAAUUGGGCCUGGAUUUUUCAGAUUUAAAUCAGAAAUAGAUUUCAAUGGUGUAAUGGUGGUGCAAAAUUAUUUGGAAAGAACUGGACGUGGAGAAUGGUCAAAACAGUUUCGGGAGGCUGCAAAAAGUGAAGAUGAUUCUGCACUCCUCAAGGUCAUGGCUUGUUAUGGUGAGGAUGUUGUCGAAGCUCUUGGCAGUGAGGUGGAUCGGCUUGAAAGUGAGAUUCAGAAGAUUGUCCCAGGGAUCCGGCAUGUUGAUAUUGAAGCGCACAAUCCAGAAGGAAUGUCAAUAUAGUUUCCAGUUUGUGUGGCUCACGUAGACUGACCAUUUCCAUCUGAUUGAUUGUUCGCCAAAUUAUUCAGAAGUCGUGUUCAAGAGGCUUCAAUUUCAUUUCUAUGGAGCCAUAUGUUGAUACAUUGGUUGCUGAAUAUCACAGAGGAAAACUGUUCUUUGCAGAGCACACAAAGCUAUGUUCAUUUACAAAAGAAAAUAGUACUUGGGAUUUGGGAGCCAUUGCAGAGUCAGUUCAAGCAAUAAAGCAGCUCAGAGUCAUGGAGGAGAUGUAUUUACUCAACAUACUUUACCAAACAAACUUGGAUGUCCUGUCUGUUUACCAAUUAUUUCAUCAGAAAUAUAGGUUGAUAUCAUUUGCAUGUUUUUCUUUUUUC